AUGCGGCGUCUUAAAACUGUGUUCCGAUCUAGAUCUGAUACGCCUGACCCCUCAUCAUCUCGUGCUGUCUGGCAACGACGACGUCCAACCUCCGAAGGAGACCCAUUGAAAUCUCAGCCAGCAGCCACCUCGAAUGAAUUACCAUGCGAUGAGCCUACCGAAGCGGGAACUGCCAGCACUGAUGCGAACAAGCCACCUUCAUCGGCUGCAGCCCCCGUUGACAAUGCCGAAACAGGGUCGAAUGUCCACACCCAAGACACUGGCGAACUUCCUCGGUCCAAGAAUAGCACCAGACGUCUGAAGAAAAUGUAUGCUCGUUUGCGCGGUACCUUAUCCCAUGAAGAUGAUCCCGUCACAGACACACAGCCUCAAACUACGGGGGAGGGUAGCCGUACAUCGAGGCCGAGCUCCAUACCUUUGUCCUCUAAUCCAUUUGAGCCAGAUACUGCCGCGGAGCCGUCCACCUCAGCUGGAAAGUCUGUCAGGUUCGAUGACCCGAAAGACCGGCGGAAGGCCAGCGGUCAGACAACUCGUUCUCAGGAUUCCAGCCAGACUGAGGAUACUGUCUGUCGAGACCCUGCCCGGCACAUCGGGAUGCCUAUUCAAGAACCACCUUUGGAGGAAUGGGGAUGGCCGGGACUGAUGUUGUAUGACCCCGAGAGUACCCACCUUCAAACUCAGACUCAGAGCCAUACUCAUACUCAAGAGGCUUCGGACCCGUUCUCAGAUGGGAAGGCCGCCGACGUCCGACCAGUAAAACCGGGAAAUUCGAGGCAUAGUGCAGGCACGAGCCGAGAGGAAUCGAGGGCUUCGGAAGGGACACUGGAGCCUAUUGCUGAGACUGAUUUUGACACAAUCGAACCAGCUCCCGAACCCGCUCAGCCUGAAGGUCUGGACGCUCAAAGGGCAAGCUCGGCGAACAGCCAAACCAGUUGGAGUACACUUGACUCGCCCAAGGCUAUCUUGGCCUUCAACCAGAUGGCAUCUCAGUUUGGUAUUCCGAUUGCCAUUCCAGUUGAUGACACUCCACCAGCAGAGGGCAAUCCUGCUGAGGAACAAAGCGCUAGUCGUCGUGGACUUGGAUUGUUGGGUAAAGUUCGCAAGGUGCGAUCUAGUUUGGCUCCCGACACAACUCCUUUGGCACCAGCUCCUAAACUGCGACGAAUGAAAACAUUCGCGAAUCUGCGCCGUCCUGUUCCGAUGACUUUGUUGCAAGGAAGAUCGAUCGAGACUUUGGCCCGUCUUGGAGGACAUGGCUAUCUUAUGUUGACAGACUUGGCCCCCUGUCCCGUGCAGCUGCCCGCGUACAUUGUAGCGACGCUAAUGUUUCUGCAUAAAUAUGCUCUUGACACUCCCGAGAUCUUUAUCCAGUCCGGCGAUCUGAAAGCUGCCAUUCGCUUGUAUGACCAUUUUGCUAGCCAGGUGCUCGAUGCCGAGAAAGAUGAAACUAAGAUUUCCCUUACGAUGCGUGUGGUUGCCAUGCCUCAGCUCCGUGAAGACUCGGCGCCCGUGUUGAGUGUGGCCUGGGCCUUAAAGGCCGUGUUGGCGGGUCUUCCAAACGGGAUCCUCGGGAGUGUCCGGCUCUACCAAAUUCUCAGGGCGAUGUACUAUCACUCCAUUCCAGAUAAAUCCCAUCUGCUCUGUGUGCCAGAUUGUAUUUCUGAGGCGAGCCCAACGACUGCCGUCCGAGUGCAGCUUAUGUGCCUUGCGCUCAUUGCCCUUGCGCCCGAAAUGCAGCGGGAUCUUAUCUGUGCGGUAUUUGGCUUACUUUCCUUACUGGUGAAUGCGGAGACCAAUGUCCAGGAGCAGCCCGGGAUGGAGCUCCGUGAUCCAGUGGCGAGUCCAAACUUCCACGAGUUGGUGCGGGUGUUUGGACCGCUCCUCCUCGGGUCCAGGGGGCAAGAGAACCGAGAUGGAACAGAAGUGGAACAAGAGAUUGAUGAUCAACGUGUGGCGGGACUACUGCUCAAUAAUUGGCAUUACAUACAUCGACAGUUGCGACACUGGACAAGUGGACGGUAUGUGAUGGGUAGGGAAUAA